AUGUUCGUGCAACCGGACGCCGUGCGGAGGCACAGUGAUGAUGAAAACGACGACUCGUGGAGUGGCGGCGAGUCCGACCAGUCCAACGAUCCACAGGAUGGAGAGUCAAAUGGCGGCAAGAUGCUCAAGAAAAGACGCGAAGAGUGCGAGCGCAAAGCUCGGCGCGGCGAGAUGGACCCUCGACUGGAAUUUACCUUCCAGCUCCUGAUCGACGCCACCGGCCUCACCAGGGGCGACAUCAUGGACAACGUUUUUGAGGGCAAUAUGCUUGACGAGAUCAACCAGCUUUUUCUGCCGCACAUGAGAAACACCCUGCUUUGGUUCUACCAAGAGGUGCCUCAAGCCGAACAAGCUGCACCUAUUGACCCGAACAAAGCUGGGCCUUCAAGGGCAGUUGCCCAACCAGGUCCGUCGACCAGCAAGGCCCACCAGCCUGUCGCAGCCGCGCCGGCACCUGUGGCCAAGAAAAAACUCUUUCUCACCGACGGCUGGACCGUUCCCUUGACGGGAAUCUGCAUUUACAUGUACCGCCUCAACAUCACCAAGCAGUUGCCCGAAGAAGGAUUUCACAAGGAUUUGUACUGCGGAGUGAUUGACGUGACUCGAGUCGGCCUGGUGACGACGAUUGAGCGGAUUGUGGAGAAUGUGUUCAUGGAGGCGCUGGCACAUCCCUCGCCAGACGCGGAGGACGACGAGGCCAAUUGUCCGUUGGUGCGAAACCAAUUAUUGCCCAGUCUUAGAUCUUUCUGCAGUGCGUUGAGAGUUUGCGAGGAAGUUUGCCAGCAAAAGAAUGUUUUUGAAGAUGAUAUUAAUAUUCUCGCCAACAUUCAAAGUCCAGACGACGCGAGAGAAUAUUCAAAAACAGUUGAAAACGUGACCCUUCUGGAGGAGCGUCUGAAAACCUGGAUGAAAAGAGUCCACGAGGUUGUAAUGGAAAGUCAGCAACUGCGGCGGGAAAAUGACUCCACUGGUCCGCAAGACGAAUUGGAGUAUUGGAAACGGAGAGGCGCCCAGUUCUCACAAAUUGUCAACCACCUACAAAGUCAUGAGGUUCAAAUGACGCUGCUCUGCCUCCAAAUAAACUACUCCAAGACGAUAAAGUCGUGGCGGGAGCUGGACAAAAAAAUCACCUUCUGCUACAAUGAAGCGCGAGAUAACGCAAAGUUCAUUCAGUCGAUGGAAAAAGUGUGCCACUCUUUGUAUCUUCACGACCCCGUGCAGAUGAAAGACUCGAUUCUGAACCUCAUCCAGACCGUCCGACUCAUUCACAGUGUCAGCAAGUUUUACAACACAACGGAGAGAACGUCCUCCCUCAUGGUCAAGAUCACAAAUCAAAUGAUCGAGACGUGCAAAUUGUACAUAACCUGUCGCGGCAAAGAAACGAUCUGGUCGCAACCGGAGGCGGAAGUGAAGGAGAAACUUGAACACUGCAUCAAUUUGAAUCGCGUUUACCACUCUACGUAUUUGACAGUGAAAAAUCAGCCCUUUCUACCCGGCGCAACUCCUUUCGGCUUUUCUGAAAACUACGUUUUUGGAAAGUUUGACACUUUUUGCGGUCGUCUGGAGAGGAUUAUUACACUAUUUGACGUAGUCAACGAUUACACGCAACUUUUUGAACGCCGAAUGGAAGGUCUCUUACUUGGAGAGGCUCUUGAUGAGGCUAUGCGUGCCUUUGAUGCGGCCAAAGCUGGGAUAAUGAACAAGGACUACAAUUACUUGGACCACAGAAAUAAAGAAUUCGACGAGGAUUAUGAUGCGUUCAUUGCCAAUAUCGAGGCUUUGAAAACGAGCAUUGGAAACAACAUAGAGAGAAAUUAUGACACAGUUUGGGAAUCGCCCCAGGCUAUUAAAUUUCUGAUCAGAUUUGAAAAAAUCAUUGAGAAAAUUCCACUGACAAGGAUGGACGAAAAGUAUGAUCGCGUCUUGCGAUUCUGCGACAAAGAGGUGGACAGAAUUCACAAAUUAUUCCGAAAACAAAAGUCAGACCCGCCGUUACCAAGAUAUUUUCCACCACUGGCAGGUCGCAUCAAAUGGGUUCGCUGCUUGCAAUUCCACCUGCUGGACUUGAUCAACAGCAUCUCGAGCCACCACAUUUUGCAAAAACUGCCAGCCACAAAUGAGCUAAUUGAAAAAUACAACAACGUGAACACGCACCUGAAAGCGUUUGAAGCUGAUGUGAUCAAAACUUGGACUAAUCAAACAAUAAGGCCAGUGGAUGAGGGUUUGAGGCAAAAACUGCUGGCCUUUGAUAAGGAAACGGGAGAAGUUGAAGUAAAUCUGGACUUUCGGCUGAUGGUUUUGAUCAGAGAGGCGGACUGCAUGGCAAAAAUGGAAAUCGAGGUGCCAAUAAUUGCAAUGACGCUGUUGAGCAAGAGGAGCUAUUUCACCACCAUUAACGACUGCCUUGAGUUGCUACUGAACCGCUUCACUCAAGCCGUCCAAGCUGUGAAAGCGGACGUCCGACCCCUCUUUCUGCCACACAUGAUGCGCAUGGCCGGCAUGUUGUCGCCUGGUUUCCACACUAUCACCUGGUCUGAUCCCACCUGGGACGAUUUUUAUUUGAACACCCUUGAGGCAGUCAAGACUUUUGAAGUUCUAACAACAAGGGUUCACGACAUUUACAACAAUCGAAUUCUCUCAGUUCUCUCUUCCAUGCAAAAGAUUAAGCUGCACGCGCUUCCGAGCAGCAGCAAACCGUGGAGUGUUGAGGAGUUUGCAGACAGAAAUGAGUUCACCUGCUGCAGGGCUGCUGCCGAACUGCACAGAAAAAGUUUGAUGGUGGAAGAAGCGGUGGAGGAAAUUCUGGAUUUGGUCCGAAAGGCGGCACCAUCUUUUAAAACCUCAACUGAGCCCGACGAGUUUGACGCUCUAAUGGUAGAAGGGAAAGAUGAGGACACGGAACAAGAAGAAAACGGCGGUGAGGGUGCAGCCGGAAGUGCAGUGGCCGCGUCGACGACCUCUUUGCAGCCUCAGCAGGACUGGAGCGUCGUUUCCGAGUGCUUCGACCAGCCGCACACCGUCAUGAAGGGCGGGCCCCUUUCCAAGGCGCUGCAGGACGUGGUGCGAAACGCCGUCAGCGAGAUGCGUCGCUAUUACAGUCGAAAAGUGAUUGACGUGCUGAUAAAGGUAACCAAACAGUCGCUGGACACCCUCAGACGACGCUUCAUCAGCGAACCAGACACUGCCUCGACUUCUACGCCGAAUCCGGUAUUUAUUAUCCACAUUUCACUGGUGAUUCCAAAUGUGGCCAUCAAACCGAAUUUGGACGAAAUCCAGGAGGCGCUCACUAAUGCAGGGAGGAAUAUCACAAACGUGGCCAAAGGCGUCGGCCUGUGGACGGGCGGCAAAGUGCAACAGCAAGUGUGGCGCAAACUGGCCAUGCGACCCCCAGGUGCCUUAAGUGACCUGGUUUCGCAAAUCGAACAGGGCACUCAGCAGCGAAACAAAAAGGACGACCCGAAAAGGCGCCGGCGCCGCAUCUACAAAGUCGCCUCCGAGGAAAAGAUGAAUUUCCCGCACCAGCAGAAGAACUUUUUCAGUUUCGUCAUUGAGAACAAGGAGGUGAUGAAAAUGCUCACCCUUCUUUCCACUUGCACUAUGGAAAUCAAAACCGAAUUUACGGCAUAUCUUGAGCGAUGGAAACCAUACAAAACUCUGUGGAAAAGUGACCAGGACCGAAAGGACAUGUUGCAGGCAGGUUUGCAGGAUUUUGUGAACAUGCUAAGGUACCAUGGGGAACUCGAAUCGGAUCUGAACGUCGAGUCGGAUAUGCACUACUUUGGCCAGAGUGUUGUUGUCUCCGCUGAAAAACUGAAAUUCGGCCUCCUAACCGAGAUAAAAGCCUGCACGUACAGAAUCGGUCAGGCUUUACGAAAGAAAUACAAACGAGAGAUGGAUUACGUAUACGCGGUCGUUAGUGAAAUGGACCGGAAACUUGACAGACCGAUUCGCGACUUGGACGACGUCAGAGUCGUAAUGGAUAAUCUGAAGAAAAUUAGAGACCAGGAAGUUGAUAUGGAACUCAGAAUCGAUCCAAUUGAGGAGGCUUUCAACAUAAUUUCUCGAUAUGAAAUCCCGGUGGACAGAGAGGAGCUGGAUCAGAUAGACAACCUGCGCUACACGUGGCACCGUUUGGUCAAAAGAGCUCUGGACGUGCACUGUCUGCUUUUGAAUAUGCAGCCGAGGUUUGAGGAAGAUUUGCGGAAAAAUCUGCAGCGCUUCCGGUUGGAUAACAUUCAGUACUGCCACGAGUACCGCACUUCUGGUCCAAUGAUGCCUGGACUCACUCCAAGGGAGGCUUCAGACAAACUGAUUGUCUUUCAAAAUCGUUUUGAUGGCAUGUGGAGGAAAUUACAAACCUAUCAAAGUGGCGAAGAACUUUUUGGUUUGCCUCAAACGGAGUAUCCUGAGCUGGCACAAAUAAGAAAGGAGCUGAAUCUGCUGCAAAAGUUGUACAAAUUGUACAACGAUGUGAUUGAUAGGGUGAGCAGCUACUACGAUAUUCCCUGGGGCGACGUCAACAUUGAGGAAAUCAACAAUGAACUGAUGGAAUUCCAGAAUAGGUGUCGCAAACUUCCGAAAGGAUUGAAGGAAUGGCCUGCAUUCCACGCGUUGAAGAAAACCAUCGACGACUUCAACGACAUGUGUCCCUUGCUCGAGUUAAUGGCCAACAAGGCGAUGAAGCCGCGCCACUGGCAGCGCAUCAUGGACUCGACCAAGCACAAUUUCGAGCUGGACAGCGAGGGAUUCUGCCUAAAACACAUUUUGGAGGCACCUUUGCUGGAGUGCAAAGAGGACAUUGAGGAUAUUUGCAUUUCUGCAAUGAAAGAGAAGGACAUUGAAGCGAAACUGCGGCAAGUGACCAACGAAUGGUCCAUCCACGAGUUGACCUUCAUGACCUUCAACAACCGCGGAGAACUUUUACUUCGGGGAGAUACGACUGCAGAGACAAUUGGACAACUUGAGGACAGUCUGAUGGUUCUCGGCUCGCUUUUGUCCAAUCGGUAUAACGCGCCAUUCAAAAAGCAAAUCCAGCAGUGGGUGUCCGAUUUGUCCAACACGAACGAGAUUCUGGAACGGUGGUUGUUGGUGCAGAACAUGUGGGUCUACCUGGAGGCAGUGUUCGUCGGAGGCGACAUCGCCAAGCAGCUGCCAAAAGAGGCCAAGCGCUUCAGCAAAAUCGACAAGUCGUGGCAGAAAAUCAUGCAAAGAGCGCACGAGACCCCAGGGGUGGUUGCCUGCUGCGUGGGUGAUGACCUGCUCAAGCAGUUGCUGCCCCACUUGCAAGAGCAACUCGAACUCUGCCAAAAAUCACUGAGCGGCUAUUUGGAGAAAAAGAGAAUGAUGUUCCCGAGGUUCUUCUUCGUUUCCGACCCCGCUCUCUUAGAAAUUCUCGGCCAAGCUUCCGAUUCGCACACAAUCCAAAACCACCUGUUAUCGAUUUUCGACAACACUCGCUACGUCAAAUUCCAUGACAUUGAAUAUAACAAAAUUCUCGCAAUCGUUUCAUCCGAGGGAGAAACCAUUCAGCUGGAAAAAGCAGUUCGGGCAGAGGGCAGCGUGGAAACUUGGUUGACCGCUUUACUGCAAACGUCUCAAGCAUCUUUACAUUCAAUCAUUCGUUCAAGCCACACGAUGAUCAACGACGCCAAUUUUAAUCUGCUCGCUUUUCUCGACAAAAUGCCAGCUCAGAUCGGUUUGCUUGGAAUUCAAAUGGUUUGGACUCGCGAUUCUGAAGCUGCACUGCUGCAAGCCAGGGCGGACAAAAAGGUCAUGGGCGAGACCAACAACCGAUUUUUAGAGCUACUUAAUACGUUAAUUGACCAAACCACAAGAGAUUUGACCAGGAUUGAACGCAUUAAAUUUGAGACGCUCAUCACUAUUCACGUGCACCAGCGAGACAUUUUUGAUAUAAUGUGCCGAAUCAACGUGAAGCACGUCAACGAUUUCGAAUGGCUCAAGCAAUGCCGGUUUUACUUCAAAGAGGAUAUUGACAAGACCCUGAUUUUGAUUACUGACGUCAAUUUUACGUACCAGAAUGAAUAUCUGGGAUGCACUGAUCGGCUUGUGAUUACACCUUUGACUGACAGGUGUUACAUCACCCUGGCCCAAGCCCUGGCGAUGAGCAUGGGCGGUGCGCCUUGCGGCCCAGCAGGAACUGGCAAGACGGAAACGGUCAAGGACAUGGGCAAGACGCUGGCCAAGUACGUGGUCGUGUUCAAUUGCUCUGACCAAAUGGACUACCGCGGUCUGGGCCGAAUCUACAAAGGACUCGCGCAGUCGGGGUCGUGGGGCUGCUUCGACGAGUUCAACCGAAUCGAACUGCCCGUCCUGUCAGUGGCCGCGCAGCAAAUCGCGGUCGUUCUCGGCGCCAAAAAGGAGAAAAAGAAGCAGUUUGUCUUCACGGACGGAGACACAAUUACUCUCUGUCCUGAAUUUGGAAUUUUCAUCACCAUGAACCCUGGUUACGCUGGACGAAAGGAGCUGCCUGAGAAUUUGAAAAUCCAAUUUAGAACUGUGGCGAUGAUGGUUCCAGACAGGCAAAUCAUCAUUCGAGUCAAACUGGCCAGCUGUGGAUUUUUAGAAAAUAUCACCCUGGCUCGAAAGUUCUACACUCUUUACAAAUUGUGCGAAGAGCAGCUCACCAAGCAGGUUCACUACGAUUUCGGUUUGAGGAACAUUUUGUCCGUUUUGCGAACGCUGGGUGCCGCCAAAAGGGUCAACUCGAAAGACACGGAGAGCAUGAUUGUGAUGAGGGUCUUAAGAGAUAUGAAUUUGUCAAAGCUGAUAGAUGAAGACGAGCCUCUUUUUAUGUCUUUGGUGUCUGACCUUUUCCCAAAUCAAAUGUUGGAGAAAACUGGGUAUCCAGAGUUAGAAACUGCAAUUCAGCAGCAGGUCGAGGAGGCAGGGCUUGUUUACCACCCACCGUGGGUGCUCAAAUUAAUUCAGCUUUAUGAAACGCAAAGAGUGCGUCACGGAAUAAUGACCUUAGGACCGACCGGCGCCGGCAAGACGACGUGCAUCCAGGUGCUGAUGAAGGCGCUGACCGCUAUGGGGCAGAACCACCGCGAGAUGCGCAUGAACCCGAAGGCCAUCACGGCGUCGCAAAUGUUCGGCCGGCUGGACGUGGCCACCAACGACUGGACGGACGGAAUUUUCUCGGCUCUGUGGCGCAAAACGCUCAAGCUGAAGAAGGGCGAGCACGUGUGGUUGGUGCUGGACGGACCUGUGGACAGCAUUUGGAUCGAGAACCUCAAUUCCGUCCUGGACGACAACAAAACGCUGACGCUGGCCAACGGCGACAGACUGUCCAUGGCGCCUACGUGCAAGAUCAUUUUCGAGCCAGAAAACAUUGACAAUGCGUCACCGGCGACAGUUUCAAGAAACGGAAUGGUUUACAUGAGCUCAAGCGGCCUAGACUGGAAGCCGAUUUUGCAAAUGUGGCUUCAGAAGCAGAGUCCGCGAGAGGUGAAAAUUUUCCAAGAACUUUUUGACGCGUCUUUCGCCACAGUUUAUUCUUGGAUGAGUCAAAAUCUGACGCCCAAGAUGAAAGUUCUGCAGUGCAACGUCAUCCAACACAUGCUGGACGUUUUGGAAGGGCUAGUUCCAAGAGAGCAAGAAAAGUCGGAGGAGGAAAAUUUUGAAGAGCCUCCAACUCCAGUUUCGCCAAGCAAACCAGGUGAUGGUGUUCAAAUUCCAGUUAUCGAAGUGGAGAUAGAAGAAGAUGACGAUCUGGACAAAGAGAAGGUCUCGACGCAAUUAACCAACAAACACUUGCAGCGAUUCUACGUUUUUUCCCUCGUCUGGGGUAUGGGUGGACUGCUGGACACCGCGGACAGGCUGCAGUUUGACAUCUUCUUAAGAGAAAAACUCACUCUCGACUUGCCAUUUAAAAAGGCGGAUAAAGGUGCGACCGUUUUCGACUACGUCGUUAGCCCCACAGGCGAGUGGGAGCACUGGAACUCGCUGGUAGUUCCAUACGUCUACCCUGAAAAUAGCACGCCUGACUACAGCUCAAUCUUGGUGCCCAUAAUUGAAACCGUCCGCAUGGACUACUUGAUCAAUGUUAUCGCAAAGCAGGGAAAAGCAAUAAUGUUGAUUGGAGAGCAAGGAACGGCCAAAACUGUGAUGAUGAAGUCUUACAUGAAAAAGGCCAACACCGACACUCACUUGAGUAGAAUUUUUAACUUCUCUUCAGCCACCACUCCGCAACAAUUUCAGAAAACGAUUGAGAGCUACGUGGAAAAACGAAUGGGAAACACUUACGGUCCUCCUGGUGGAAAGAAAAUGCUUGUUUUCAUUGACGACAUCAACAUGCCGCACAUCAACGAAUGGGGUGACCAGGUCACCAAUGAAAUCGUACGGCAGUUGAUGGAAAUGGGUGGAUUUUACAGUCUCGAAAAGCCGGGCGACUUUACCACGAUCGUUGACAUGCUAUUUGUGGCCGCGAUGUGCCAGCCCGGAGGUGGGCGAAAUGACAUUCCCUCGCGGCUCAAGCGAAAGUUCUGCAUUUUCAACUGCACCCUGCCCACUGAUGAAUCGAUCGACCGAAUUUUCUCUGUAAUUGGCGAGGGCCAUUACAACGUGAAAAGAGGUUUCGUUCCAGAGGUCAGAAAUUUGAUCAAGAAACUUGUGCCUUUAACCAGAGUCCUUUGGCAACACACAAGAAUAAAUUUGCUUCCGACGCCGGCGAAAUUCCACUACGUCUUCAAUUUGAGGGACUUGUCGCGAAUUUGGCAGGGAAUGGUCGGCACCUUGAGCACCGUAAUCGAAAAUGAGCGAGUUCUUGUCUCAUUAUGGAAACACGAGUGCGUACGUGUAUUUUCUGACAGAUUUGUGUCCGAGUCUGACAAGGACUGGUUCAGAGGAAAGUUGAAAGACCUGGUUGGAGAACACUUGGGCGAAAAUUACCGGAAAAUGGCAGAACCUGAGGAGGUUUUUGUCGACUUCAUGAGGGACGCACCAGAGCCUACUGGCGAGGAGGGUGAAGACGCUGACAUGGAGCUGCCCAAGGUUUACGAGCCCGUCAGUGGCUAUGACGAUUUGAAGGAGAGGUUGGAAAUGUUCCUCUCGCAGUACAAUGAGAUGCAACGCGGAGCUGGAAUGGACCUCGUCUUUUUCCCUGAUGCGAUGCUCCAUUUAGUCAAAAUUUCUCGAGUGAUCAGGCAUCCAAGAGGCAACGUCAUGCUAAUUGGAGUUGGCGGCUCCGGAAAACAGUCCCUUACAAAAUUGGCCUCGUUCAUUGCCGGUUACAAAACUUUCCAAAUUACGUUAACAAGGUCAUACAAUAUUGCGAAUUUCCUUGAGGACCUCAAGUUCUUGUACCGCACUUGCGGCGUCCAAGGGAAAGGCACGACUUUCCUUUUCACCGAUCUGGACAUCAAAGAGGAAGGUUUUCUCGAAUACCUGAACAACAUUCUUUCGUCAGGCGUCAUUUCAAAUUUAUUCAACCGCGACGAACAGCAAGAAAUAAUUUCCGAACUGACCCCCAUCAUGAAAAGGGAGUUUCCCAAAUUGACCCCCACGGCUGAAUCGGUCAUGGAAUACUUUUUGUCGCGCGUCUGCCAGAAUCUGCACGUCGUUUUUUGCUUUUCACCGGUUGGAGAAAAAUUCCGCAAUCGCGUGUUGAAAUUCCCAGCCCUGGUGUCCGGCUGCACGGUCGACUGGUUCCAACCGUGGCCUAGAGAUGCGUUGGUUGAAGUUGCGAAGCAUUUCAUUACUGAUUUUGAAAUCGCGUGCACGCCUAAAGUGAAAUCGGAACUGGUAGAGGCGCUUGGAUCUAUUCAGGACAUUGUGUCCAACAUGUCAAAUGAGUAUUUCCAAAGAUUCCGUCGAGCCACUCACGUCACUCCAAAGUCAUACUUGAACUUCAUCGGUGGCUACAAAAACAUCUACCAAAACAAGCAGCGCGAGCUUGGCCAGGGCGCCGAGCGAAUGGACACCGGCCUUGCCAAACUCAAGGACGCAUCCAAGUCGGUCGAAAUUCUGAAGCAAGAGUUGGCCAUAAUGGAGAAGGACCUGGCGCUGGCCUCUGAAAAGGCUGAAAAGGUGCUCAGCGAAGUCACGGAAAGGGCCAUGCAGGCCGAGCAGUUCAAGAAUCAGGUGCAGAAGGUCAAGGAGAAGGCGGAGGCGCUGGUCGAGAACAUUGCCCAGGAAAAGGCGAUUGCAGAGGAAAAACUCGAAGCCGCCAAACCCGCGCUUGAAGAAGCUGAGGCGGCGCUCAACACUAUAAAACCAGCUCACAUUGCAACUAUUCGCAAACUUGGUCGGCCACCUCACCUCAUUAUGCGCAUAAUGGAUUGCGUGCUCAUUCUGUUCCAACGAAAACUGCACGCAGUGAUUGGAGACACAGCUGCUCCUUGUCCCAAACCCUCCUGGGCUGAAUCACUGAAGAUGAUGGCGAGCACAACAUUUUUGAUCCAACUGCAAAACUACCCGAAGGACAUAAUUAACGACGAAAUGAUCGAGUUGCUGACGCCGUACUUUGAGAUGGAGGACUACAAUAUGGAAACGGCCAAAAGGGUUUGCGGAGAUGUGGCCGGCUUACUUUCGUGGACGAAGGCCAUGUCCUUUUUCCACUCGGUCAACAAGGAAGUGUUGCCAUUAAAAGCAAAUCUCGCGAUGCAAGAGGCUCGUCUGAAAGUGGCCAUGGAUGACUUAGCGAGGGCUGAACAUGAACUGGAGGAACGCGAGGCGGCUCUGAACCAAGUGAAGGCGCAGUACGACGCAGCCGUUUCAGAAAAGCAGCGACUGACCGACGCGGCCACCGUCUGUCUGCGGAAAAUGCAGGCGGCCAGCGCGUUGAUCAAUGGACUUGGUGGAGAGAAAAUUAGAUGGACGCAGCAAAGCAAAGAUUUUAAGGAGCAACUUGGAAGACUGGUUGGAGACGUAGUAAUUGCGACUGGAUUCUUGUCAUACUGCGGUCCUUACAAUCAGCAGUUCAGAGCCAGUCUUGUGACUGGUUGGAUGGAAAUUCUCAAAGUAAAACAGAUCCCGUUCACGCAAAACUUGAACAUCAUCAACAUGCUCAUCGAAAACUCUACCAUUUCCGAGUGGACUUUGCAAGGACUACCGAACGACGAGCUUUCGGUGCAAAAUGCACUGAUUGUGACAAAAUCCAGUUCAUACCCUUUACUCGUCGACCCCCAAAACCAAGGGAAAAUGUGGAUCAAAAACAAGGAAGGUGGAAACGAUUUGCAGAUUACUUCGCUCAACCACAAGUACUUCCGAACACAUUUAGAGGACAGUUUGUCCCUCGGACGGCCGUUGUUGAUCGAAGACGUGGGGGAAGAGCUCGACCCGGUCAUCGACAAUGUGCUGGAGAAAAAUUUCAUCAAGUCUGGAUCAAUUGAAAAGGUCAUUGUUGGAGACAAAGAGUGCGACGUAAUGCCCGGUUUCAUGCUUUACAUCACGACCAAAUUGCCAAAUCCGGCGUACUCGCCAGAAAUCAGCGCCAAAACGUCUAUAAUCGAUUUCACAGUCACCAUGCAAGGCUUGGAAGACCAACUUUUGGGCCGGGUGAUAUUGAUGGAAAAAUCAGACCUCGAAGCUGAGAGAGUUGCUCUGUUCGAGUCUGUGGUUCAAAAUCAAAGGCGAAUGAAAGAGUUGGAAUCUGACUUGCUUGAGAGACUCACCUCUACACAGGGCUCGCUGGUGGACGACGAAGCCCUGAUCCACGUGCUGCAAGUUACAAAAACCACAGCCGAGGAAGUGAACGAAAAGUUGAAAGUUUCCGCUCAAACGGAGAAGAAAAUCACGAUAGCUCGAGAGGAAUUCCGAGCAGUAGCAGCUCGCGGUUCAAUCCUCUACUUCUUGAUUGUUGAAAUGAGCAACGUUAACGUCAUGUAUCAGAACUCAUUGAAACAGUUCCUUAUCAUUUUCGACAACUCCAUCAACAAGUCUCAAAAGAGUGCAAUAACCGAAGAGAGGAUUAGCAACAUUCUGCGCUACUUGACAUUCGAAGUUUGGAAGUUCACUCAAAGGUCCCUGUAUGAAAAGCACAAGGCUCUGUUCACCUUGAUGCUUGCGAUGAAAAUUGACCUAUCGAUGGGCAAAAUCAGCCAUGAAGAGUUUAUGGCGUUUAUAAAAGGAGGUGCAUCUUUAGACCUGAAUGCUGUCACUCCGAAACCAUUCAGGUGGAUUUUAGAUAUAACUUGGCUUAACCUUGUAGAGAUAAGCAAACUGCCGACUUUUGAAGACGUUUUACAAAGGAUCCAGAAUAACGAAAAGGAGUGGAAAACGUGGUAUGAGAAAGAGCGACCUGAGGAAGAGGAAAUUCCUUGUGGGUACCAAAAAUCACUGGACGUGUUCAGGAGGCUGCUGCUCAUUAGGUCAUGGAGUCCUGACAGAACUUUAUCACAGGCUAGACAUUAUGUCAUGAAGUCGCUAGGAUCUGAAUAUGGAGAAGCGUGUAUUUUGGAUUUAGAAGCGACCUGGGAGGAAUCAGAGCCUCGGACGCCUUUGAUUUGCAUGCUUUCUAUCGGGUCAGAUCCAUCGCCCCAAAUCGCAGCUCUCGCCAAGCAGAGAGACAUUAAAAUCCGUUCGGUCUCCAUGGGCCAAGGACAAGAACUGCACGCGAGGAAACUGAUUCAAGACUCGAUGAUUCACGGAGGGUGGGUCCUCAUGCAGAACAUCCACCUGAGUCUGCCCUUCUGCAGCGAGGUGAUGGACUUUUUGGUCGAGACUGACGUCAUCCACGACUCGUUCCGACUCUGGAUGACCACAGAAGUGCAUCCGCAAUUUCCAAUAGGACUAUUGCAGAUGGCAAUUAAAUUCACUAAUGAGCCUCCGCAAGGAAUCCGAGCCAGUUUGAAGCGGACGUAUCAGAAUAUUACUCAAGACUCACUGGAUUACUCGUCCCAGUCGCAAUGGCCACCGCUGUUGUACGCCGUCGCUUUUUUGCACACUGUGGUCCAGGAGAGGAGGAAGUUCGGACCGCUGGGAUGGAAUGUGCCGUACGAAUUCAAUCAGGCGGAUUUCGCUGCCAGCGUGCAGUUCAUCCAGAACCACCUGGAUGAUAUGGACCCUAAAAAGGGAAUAUCUUGGCCGACCGUGUGCUACAUGCUUGGCGAGGUUCAAUACGGUGGUCGAGUGACCGACGAUUUUGACAAACGCCUGCUGCUCACAUUUACACACGUCUGGUUCUGCGACGUGCUCCUGAGGCCAGGUUUUGAGUUUUACAAGAACUACAAAGUGCCUGUGACGAGAAACCUGCAGGGCUACACCGAUUACAUCAACAGCCUGCCGGCCACCGACACGCCAGAGGUUUUCGGCCUCCACCCAAAUGCAGACAUUACAUAUCAGAUCAAUACAGCUAAAGCAAUUUUGGACACAAUUUUGAGUGUUCAGCCCAAGGAGGGUGGCAGUCAGGGCGGCGAAACCAGAGAAAGUAUAGUCUAUAGGUUGGCAGACGAUAUGCUUGAGAAAAUACCAAAACCCUACAAUAGCUUCGAGGUUCGAGAGGCUCUGAAUCGCAUGGGUGCCCUGCUGCCCAUGAAUAUUUUCCUGCGCCAGGAAAUCGACCGGAUCCAGCGAGUCAUCAAAGAGGUGCACACCACGCUGUGCGACCUGAAACUCGCGAUUGACGGCACAAUAAUUAUGAGUGCUGCUUUAAAAGAGUCGCUGGACGCAAUGUACGACGCUAGAAUACCAGCUCGUUGGCAAAAGAUGUCGUGGGAAUCGACCACGUUGGGCUUUUGGUUCACCGAACUGCUCGAAAGGGACUUCCAGUUCCGAAAGUGGAUGGCCAACGGAAGACCCCACGUGUUUUGGAUGACCGGAUUUUUCAAUCCGCAAGGAUUUUUGACAGCUAUGAGACAAGAAGUGACACGCGCCCACAAAGGCUGGGCCCUCGAUUCGGUUGUCCUGCAAAACUUAAUAACGCGGUACUCAAGAGAAGAGCUGCACGAGGCACCUCCUGAGGGCGUCUACGUUUACGGACUGUUUCUCGAGGGCGCGAGUCUGGACAGGAAGACUUGCAAACUGAUCGAGAGCAAACCAAAAGUGCUGUACGAACAGAUGCCGGUAAUUUACAUCUACGCAAUUAACACGACCGCCGGCAAGGACCCGAGACUGUACGAGUGUCCCAUCUACAAGAAGCAAUGUCGCACCGACCAGAAAUACGUCGGCUCGGUUGACUUUGAGACGGACAACAACCCAAGGCACUGGACACUCAGAGGAGUUGCUCUACUUUGCGAUAUUAAAUAAAGAGCGAACUAGAUGGUUAUAUUUCAAUCCAAUAAAAUGAAG